UACGCAUGCGCAAAUGUAGACCCCCCCUCCAACACAUCUGGAGUUUGUUUUUUGGAAAGUGGGAAAGGGUAUAGGAGUGUCGACAUAGGGUGUUUUCAAAGAAAAUUUGAAAUUAAAAAAGAAAUUUUUUAAUCCAGAUUCUCAAUCUACGUAUUUUUCUUAGUGGAUUGUAAAAAACACAAGGUGUAGGGAAGUGGAAAAUUAAAAAAAAAAAAAAAAGACUUGUUUUAUCAAAAUCGUAAAAUAUAUGCGCCGAAAACAGUUCUAGGUGUUUUGUUUUUUUAAUACUUUGGUUUAAGGUAUUUCCCAUUAACGUCAUCUUAUUUGAGAAGUACCUCGGCUACAUCUGAAAACAUGGAAUGCGGUGUAUUUAAAUACUGAUUAGUUGUUGCUUCGACACAAUUGUUUCUGCUCCAUCACCUCUCAUUUAAAUCUCUCGGCAGAGGUCGACUCCCAUGUUUUUCAUUUGUGUCUCCUUAUGAAAUGGAUCAUACUCAGAACAAUACACAAAAGCUCCAGUUUGAUCUUCUGUUUGUGAAAAGGUUUCUCAAACUGUUCACCUUUAUGUUUCCAUCAUUCCUCAGCCUCCCAACAUUACUCUGCACCUUUCUGUUAUUGCUGUCCAUGUUAGAACAAUUUAUCAUUUAUAAACUCGGGUUAAUACCAAGUCAGUAUUAUAAGAUCUUGGGAAACAAAGAUGCUGUGAGUUUUAAAAGCAUUACAAUCCGAGCUCUCCUUAUUAUUGUCACGGAAGCUUUUAUAAGUAGCACACUUCGUUACACUGUCUCCAUGUUACAUAUACAAUGGCGUGAACAUUUGACAUUGACUUUCCAUAAAGAAUAUUUCAAAGAUGUGCUUUACUACUAUGUCAAUAUGUUCAGUAGAGACAUUGAUAAUCCAGACCAACGUAUAGCUGAGGACAUAAAUAACAUGUGUGAUACUUUCAGCCAAAUAUUUGCACCAAUUAUCCUUGCUCCUUUCAUUAUUGGUUAUUAUGUCCAUCAAACUAUUGUAAUAAGUGGUUAUAUUGGUCCUUUGGUAGUGUUUGGAUUUUUCCUUGUUUUUAGCUUCAUCAACCGUUUUAUCAUGUCUAGCGUGGUGUAUUACGUGUAUAAAAAAGAAAAACUCGAAGGAGAUUUUAGGUUUAAACACAUGCAGAUAAGAGUCAAUUCUGAACCAAUGGCCUUUUACCAAUCAGGUGCAACUGAAUAUUUAAAAUCAAACAGUAUAUUAUUUGAGCUCUUACGAAGUCAGUACAGAGUUGCACAGAAGAAUUAUUUACUCAAUUUUUUUGUCAAGAUGUCGGACUAUAUUGGUAUAAUACUAAAUUAUAUCAUUCUUGCCAUUCCAAUAUUUGCUGGUUUCUAUAAUGACUUGUCUGCUGCAGAAUUAUCUUCAGUCAUAAGUAAGAAUGCCUUCAUUAUAAUAUAUUUAAUAAACAACUUCACCAGACUAAUUGAUUUGUCUGUGAAUGCUGCUAUGACAGCUGGUCUUGCUCACCGUGUUGGACUGCUGUUUGAAACUUUGCUUCAACUGAAGAACAGUGAGAAACCCUUGAUAACCACGUAUGCCAAUUCAACAGAGAGAAGAUUUAUAAAUGACUGUUCUUUUUAUAGAUCUUCCCUUACAGAAGAUUCCUUCAGUUGCUCAAAUGUUGCUUUCAAAGUACAGAAUGUUUCAUACAACAUACCUAGAUCUAAUGUGAUUCUUUGUAAAAACUUGACCUUUCAACUCCAAAUCGGAACAAAUGUAUUAUUAACUGGUGAAAGUGGAUGUGGUAAAAGCUCCUUGUUACGAGUAAUCAGUGGCUUGUGGCCACAUGCAUCAGGAACUAUCAGUUGUCCCCAUUACCUUGGUUCUGAUGGAAUUAUGUUCUUGCCACAAAAACCAUAUCUUACCAAUGGGAGUUUAUUACAACAAAUUAUUUACCCUGAAUAUGAAAAAACUUUUAUACAUGAUAGUAUUACAACUGAAAGGAUAUUUAAUUAUUUAGACAGAGUCCAACUCAAUGAUUUGGUUUCUUGUGUUGGCCGUCUUGAUGCCAAGGUAGAAUGGAAUUGGUACAAUGAAUUAUCACCUGGACAACAGCAGCGACUUUGUUUUGUUAGAUUAUUCUAUCAUAAACCCAAAUUUGCAGUUCUUGAUGAAUCUACAAAUCAAAUAAGUCCUGAGUCCGAAGAGAUUAUGUAUUCCAUGUGCAAAGAGUUGGGUAUUACAGUCCUCAGUGUUGGACAUAGACAGAGUUUAACAAAAUAUCACCAAAUGCUACUUCAUAUAGAAGGUGAUGGUAACUGGACUAUGAAACCUAUAAUAAAUUCUAGUUGAUUAUUCUACAAAGUAAA